AAAGCCUGAUAAUCCUAAACUUGAAGAGGCAAUAUUUACUUGGAUUAAGCAAGCAAUUAAAAAUGAACUUACUCUAUCUGGUUAUCUUCUUCAAGCCAAGACUAAGAAAUUAGCUAAUCAAUUUAAAAUUACUGAAUUUAAUGCUUCCAAUGGAGAAGCUAGUAAUAUACCUUUGGAAGAUAUUUUAAAAUUUUGUUUAGAACUUCAAGAUAUUCUUCAAAAUUAUGAACCUAAAGACAUAUUUAACUGUGAUGAAACAGCACUUUUUUGA